AUCUUUACCACCUGCCUAUACACCCGGGCAGGAUAUAUACAAAAGUCUGGAUGUUGUAUCGUUAAUGAGUCUUUAUACACCUAAAGAUGGAGUAGCAGUUGCAUGCACUGUCAUACAAUGCCCACCCAAAAGUUCAACAGGAGGAGCCAGUGACAGUGGUGGCAGCAACACCGACAGUGAAGGCGGGAAACCGCCCACCACCACGCCAACCCCACCCAAUGAAGACGGCGAAGAGGAAGAGAAAGGCGAGCAAGCUGUGCCUAGUGCAGGUGUUGGUGAUGUUGAUGGUGCUGGUGGUGGCGAUGGUGAAGGCAGAGGCAACGAGGGCAAACAGUUGGAGAAGGCAAAUGCCGAGGAGAGCCCAACACCAGUAACAGCAUCAGCAGUAACAGCAGGAGUAGAAGGAGGGGCAGCAGUACCACCACCAGCAGCAGAAGCAGGGGCAGGAGCAGGAGGAGUUAGGGGAGGAAUGGCCGUUCGUCGAUUACAAGUAGAAACAGGAGCACAAGAAGAAUCUUUUGAUGCUCUUGUUUGUCUAUUCAAACCGAAAACACUCACUGACGGAGUUGCACCUUUCCAGUAA